CGAACCAAACAACCCUUGUUUUCUCCUUCAACCAACAGCCCUAACGAAACCCACCCCACCGCCGCCGCUCUAUCACUUCCAUCGCUGCCUCCACUGCCACCACGUCCCCUUCUGUUUGACGUGGUGGCAGAACUGAAAAGAAAAAGCAAUAGGAGGUCGUUUCAACCUCUGUAGAAGAGGAACGCGAUGAACCGCUGGUUUCAAGUUCGUCUCUCCUUCGAUCCGGUGGGUAUAAGUUCGUUCAGCCCUCAAUCCCGAAAACCAUGGAGAAAUCUCCAAAUUCGGAGUCCCAACGAAUCCACGGCCAUCAAAUCUUAUCUGAAAAGGAACCUUGGGAGCAUUUGGAGUUAUGGCAACUUCGGAUUCUGCUCAUAUCAGAGAACCGCCAGUUGCAAGAUUUAAUUGCUCAUGUCUAGCGUCCCCGUCUUCCUUCCUCUCUUUAAAUUUCGUGUCUUCGUGCUAUCAUGUAUAUACAUGUUUAUAUUCUUGACUAACAUUCUUUUAUGGAUUGUAUUUGUAGCAUAUUUGUUUCUCGCUUGUCUAUGAACUUGCGAAAAAAAAAAAAAAGGUUUAGUAUGAUAGUGAAUUUAGUCAUUUACUUCCCUUCCCUUUUAGAUACCAAUCCCGAUUUAGAGUGAAAGACAUUUUACUAAUCGUUUUAAGGGAAUGUCUUUUAGUAUAUUUUCUAGAUUCAAAUUAUCUUCCACAAGGAAAUAAGCUGAUGUUCUUCUUUUCUUUUACGAGGACACUGUUCUAAUUUUUUUUAGUCACACUUGAUUUCAUAAAGAAGUAACAGAUCUGAUUUCUUCACAAAGCAUAUCGCACUCACGUUUUUUUUUUACACUCUUUGUGAUCCCCAAACAAUAAGUUUAAUGGCGCAGAUCUUCAGAAUUGGGCAACGUCCUAUCUGGUAGAUUUAAUCUUGAGGCCUAAGUGAUCUUAACAUGUGACCUGUACUUUUUUAAUUGCUAUAAUACUAACCCAUUGGAACAGGCCUAAUUCUUUAAGUUUAAUACAAGGAAAUCAUAUUAGGAUUCAAGUAUAGUGGUUCAAGUAUUUUUCAAGAACUACAAGGUAUAUACUCUACUUUAUAUACAAAGAUCCUAUUUUAUAUGUACGUAUACUAUUCUUACUUUAAAUAUCUUUAAUCAUCUUAUCGUCACAUGCAUACGUAUGUACGUUAUAUUAUAAAUACUUAUCUUUAGUAUACAUUAUAUACAACAAUCAUAUUAUACUCCAUCUUCUAAAGUAUACAUACGUACUCUUUUGAAAACAAUAUAUAUAUUUCUAAUACAUACAUUUUUAAAUAGGUGAUAAUAAAUAAGAAAUAAUCCCCCUCUAGUAUUAAUUAAACUAAGUUUAAAGACUGUCCUUGGAUAGGCUUUGAGGGAUGCUUAACACCUUCCCCUCGGGGUAAAUAAAACCCUUACCUAGAAUCUCACAGGUUUCAAAGACUAAAAAAUGGAGUUUACUUUUUAUAAAUGGUUUCCUAAUAUUUCCUAAAAUUAGGUGGCGACUCUGAAAGUUUACAAACCAGAGGAAACAUAGUCAUAAGUUGUGUACUAGUUUUAACCCAUUAAAAAUAGGGCAUGACAGAAUGGCGACUCUGCUGGGGAAAUACCUUAGGUUUUGACUUUAGUAGACUUAGUUUAAGAAGUAGAUACUCGAGGGAUGUUUGUUUAAUUAUUUUAUCGCCUAUUAUUUAUGAGUUGCUACAUUGCUAUAUUUGAAAGGACGCAAGCCAAAGCCAAACUUGUGCUCCUUAUUUGUUUGAGAAAACACUAUUUGUUUACCGCUUUCCUUAUAAUGUCAUUGCACUUUCUAUCGAGUCUUUGGCCGUACACUUACACACACUGUGGUUCACGCGAGGUGUUGUCUGACACACCUCCACCCCUUCUUUGGAUUCUCUAGUUUCAGAGUCGGUGCGGUAGUUUACUACUUAUCUUCUCGCAGACAUUCAGUCCACUCCGAACUUUUUAGGAAAAAAUCUUAUUCUAGAAAAAAUAAGUCAUGCUGCAUACACCUUAGGCAAGACAAUCCAAGGUAUUGUCCCUGCAAAUUAGGAAUCCACCCUUUUGUCAAAAGGUUCGAAACCUGAAUGACAUAACCCUUUAUGUGAAUUGAUGAAAUGAUCCUUAAAAGACACAAGAUGAUUUUUUUUAACAAACAAUACUUAUCAUAACCUUUACCCUUCUUUUUUAGAUGGAAAUCAACCAAAACCUACCAAACAUUCAAAUGAUAGUCUCACCUCCUCACGACCUGCAAACUUGGUGGAGGAACAUAAGAGUGGCACACGGGGAGGAAGUCAAGCAACACCUGGGGUCGUUGAUGUCGCUAAUAGGUAUCCAAGCCAACAAAACUCUCACCAAGCUGCUGAUAGAAUUUUGGGAUCCCGCCAGUGUAACCUUCAAUUUUUUAGAUUUCGAGAUGACCCCUACUCUAGAGGAAAUCUGUGGAUUCACCGACUUGCCAUUUGAGGGGAGAAUGCCGGUGCUACCAUCUUUCAUAUCGGGAGAGAAAUUCUUGCACAUUUUGGGAUUUAAUGUCUACCCGGUCCUGAGGAACGUGGAAAAUGAUAGAGUGAAGUUCGACUUUCUGUUUCAGAGAUUUGGGCGUCGAGAAAGCUUUGAGCGACAUCAGGGUGAGUUCGCAUGCGACCGCGGAAGGUGGGAGAAAAUGCGGCCACGAGUCUUCGCCAUAGCCUUGUUGGGAAUCUUGGUCUUCCCGAAGAGAGCCUACCGAAUCAAUAUCAACCUUUUGCCACCUGUUAUGAAUAUCUUCUCGGGACCGGAUGAAUUGACAUUGGUCCCUAUGAUUCUCGCGGAAAUGCUUCGAGCUCUAUCGGCCUGUUCAAGAGGGCAUAACUUUUUUGAGGGCUGUAAUCUCUUGCUGCAGUUAUGGGCUGUGGAACACUUCUAUACUCGCCCCCCUAUCAUGGAUUAUUGCAUAGAUGCUCGUAGCAGAAUUCAGAGCCAUACGGAAAGAAUGAGGUACUGGCAUGAACCUACAGGAGCAGAAGAGUGGCACACAUUCUUAGUACAACUCACGGGAGAUUUUUCAAGUAUUUUUCAAGAACUACAAGGUAUAUACUCUACUUUAUAUACAAAGAUCCUAUUUUAUAUGUACGUAUACUAUUCUUACUUUAAAUAUCUUUAAUCAUCUUAUCGUCACAUGCAUACGUAUGUACGUUAUAUUAUAAAUACUUAUCUUUAGUAUACAUUAUAUACAACAAUCAUAUUAUACUCCAUCUUCUAAAGUAUACAUACGUACUCUUUUGAAAACAAUAUAUAUAUUUCUAAUACAUACAUUUUUAAAUAGGUGAUAAUAAAUAAGAAAUAAUCCCCCUCUAGUAUUAAUUAAACUAAGUUUAAAGACUGUCCUUGGAUAGACUCUGAGGGAUGCUUAACACCUUCCCCUCGGGGUAAAUAAAACCCUUACCUAGAAUCUCACAGGUUUCAAAGACUAAAAAAUGGAGUUUACUUUUUAUAAAUGGUUUCCUAAUAUUUCCUAAAAUUAGGUG